AGAAGAAAAGGGGAGAAGACAAGAGUCCCUUUGACUAUUCCAAUUUCCGAAUUUUAAUUCUUCAAAAGUCAGAAAGGAAACCGUGCGCUGCACAAAUUAUGCCAACAAUCUUCCUUGGCAAGUUUUUUCCCCUUCGCUACUAAGUAGUACUCAAUAGUAUAUAACUAACUUGUCACCACUGAAAACAUUCAAACAAUGGCCACCAUCGCCAAGCUUAAAGUGGAUGACCUUCGUAACCAGCUUUCAACUCGUGGUCUUGACACCACUGGAACCAAACCCAUUUUGGUAAAGAGAUUGGAGGAGGCUAUCGAGGAGGAAAACAAGAAGAAACUGAAUGGGGAUAGGAAAAGAUCGAGGGUUGAUAAUUUUGACUCAAUUGGGUCAGGGAAAAUGAAUGCCGUGGAGGAUUUUAAGAAGAUGAGUGUUAAGGAAUUAAGGGAGUUAGCCACUUCUCGUGGCAUUUCCAGUAAUGGGUCGAAGAAAGAACUUGUUGAGAGGCUUUGUGCUUCUGCUGAUUCACAGAAUAAUGAGUCAAAAGAUGAUCUUGGAGGUAUUGCACUUGCUAUACAGAAUUUGGUCACAGCAACAGAGAAGGGUGCAGCUGUUUUGGAUCAGUACCUGCCAGAUGACAUCAAGACACGUUACCAUGUCCUGCAACAAGGCACUGAGAUUUAUGAUGCCACAUUGAACCAAACAAAUGUUGGGAACAACAAUGACAAGUUUUAUAUCAUUCAAGUUCUAGAGAGUGAUAGUGGUGGGAAUUUCCUAGUUUACAGUAGAUGGGGCAGAGUUGGUGUAAAGGGUGGAACGGAGAUCAAUGGUCCCUAUAUGUCCGCCGAUGAUGCCACAUCUGAGUUUGAGAGAAAAUUCUAUGAGAAGACCAAGAACUAUUGGUCUCAGCGCAAAGAUUUUUUUUGUCAACCAAAGCAAUAUGCUUGGUCGGAAAUGGACUAUGAUGGCAAUGGCAAAGAGUCAUCAGUAAAGAGAUUGGAGGAGGCUAUUGAGGAGGCAAACAAGAAGCAAUUGAAUGGUGAUAGGAAAAGAUCGAGGGUUGAUUCUGACUUAAUUGGGUCACGGAAGAUGAAUGCUGUGGAGGAGUAUAAGAAGAUGAGUGUUAAGGAGUUAAGGGAGGUAGCCACUUCUCGUGGGAUUUCCAGUACUGGGUCGAAGAAAGAACUUGUUGAGAGGCUUUCUGAUUCACAGAAUAAUGAGUCAAAAGAUGAUCUUGGAGUUGAGACAGAGAAAUUGGUCACAGCAACAAAGAAGGGUGCAGCUGUUUUGGAUCAGUACCUGCCAGAUGACAUCAAGACACGUUACCAUGUCCUGCAACAAGGCAAGGAGAUUUAUGAUGCCACAUUGAACCAAACAAAUGUGGGGAACAACAAUAACAAGUUUUAUAUCAUUCAAGUUCUAGAGAAUGAUAGUAGUAGGAAUUUCCUUGUUUACACAAGAUGGGGCAGAGUUGGUGCAAAAGGUGGAACGAAGAUCAAUGGUCCCUAUAUGUCCGCUAAUGAGGCCACAUCUGAGUUUGAGAGCAAAUUCUAUGAGAAGACCAAGAACUAUUGGUCUAACCGCAAAGAUUUUGUUUGUCAACCAAAGCAAUAUGCUUGGUUGGAAAUGGACUAUGAUGACAACGGGAAAGAGUCAUCAGUCCAAGGACAGUCCAACCAAGUACCAAUUCAACCUCGUGAGACUAAGCUGGAGGCUCCAAUUGCAAAGUUCAUAUCCCUUAUUUGCGACAUCAAUAUGAUGAGGCAGCAAAUGAUGGAAAUAGGGUACAACGCCAACAAGUUGCCACUCGGUAAAUUGAGCAAAACAACUAUUUUGAAGGGCUAUGAUGUCUUGAAAAGGAUUUCUGAUGUAAUUGGCCAGUCUAACAGAACACUGCUUGAAGAUUUGAGCAGUAAAUUCUAUACAGUCAUUCCUCAUGAUUUUGGCUUCUAUAAGAUGCGUGAAUUUGUCAUCGACACCCCUCAGAAGUUAAAACGCAAAAUUGAAAUGGUCGAAGCUCUUGCUGAAAUUGAAGUAGCAACUAAGUUAUUGGAGGAUAACACAAAAAUACAGGAGGAUCCCUUGUAUUAUCAAUAUGAACAACUUCGUUGCAAACUUAUUCCAGUUGAAAUUGGUUCCCAGGAAUUUCAAAUGAUUGAGAACUACAUGAAGAACACUCAUGCAAAAACACAUUCUGGUUAUGCUGCCAAUAUUGUUCAAGUAUUUAGGGCGUCAAGAGAAGGUGAAACUGAAAGAUUCCAGAAGUUCUUUGAUACAAGUAAUAGGAUGCUUUUAUGGCAUGGUUCUCGGCUCACAAACUGGGCUGGCAUUCUUUCACAGGGUUUACGAAUUGCUCCUCCAGAAGCACCUUCGACAGGGUACAUGUUUGGGAAAGGUGUUUAUUUUGCUGAUAUGUUCUCCAAAAGUGCAAAUUAUUGCUUUGCUUCCUCUUCUGCUAGGGAUGGUGUGCUUCUGUUGUGUGAGGUUGCUCUCGGUGACAUGAAUGAGCUGCUGUCAGCCAACUGCAAUGCUGAUAAGUUGCCUUCGGGAAAGCUAAGCACUAAAGGAGUCGGUGCCACGGCCCCAGAUUUUGAAAAAGCUCAAGUACUUGAAGAUGGUGUAAUCGUUCCUUUGGGAAAUCCUAAGGAGCAGCCAAACAGCAAGGGUAGUUUGUUGUAUAAUGAGUACAUAGUUUACAAUGUGGAACAAAUAAGGAUGCGCUAUGUUAUCCAUGUUGAGUUCAAUUAUGGGAGAUAAUCAUUGUAAAUUUCAGGUUAUGGAAUUUCAUCUUUAAGUUUAGAAUAUGAGGAAUUUUGUUUAGGCAUUGUAUCUUGUAAAUUUUGAUACAUUUGAAUCGUGAACGUGAUUCUAGCUAGGUAGUAUUAUAUCCACAAAAAUGAGAAAAACUAGCCACUGUUUAGGUAUAUAUGGAAUGCUCUUGUUAAA